AUGAAUCAACAACAACAGCAACAACAGCCAAAUAAAAAGCAUAAAACUCCAUUCACUGCAUUGAUAAACAUUGGUGGUGGUAAACAACAACCGAAUAACAUUAUGGAUGUAUUACGUUAUGCAUUGCAAGAAAAGAUUCAGUUGAAACGUUUACAAUACAGUGUACCGGAUAUUGGCACGGUUGUUGAAGAAUUAGAAAUGAAAGUAAUAAAAAAACCAGAUGAUAAAGUGCAAGCCACUCAUAAAGUAUCGAUUAAUGGACAAUUAGUUCGGGUAAUGGAUGUUGUUGAAAAUCGUAUCAUACAAAAUGAUCCACAGUAUGAACCGUGGAAAUUUUUGAAAAUGAAUAUUAAAGCAAUGUUUGACAAAAUGUGUAAAGAGCAAUCCAACAAUAAUAAAACAUAA